CUCCCUCAGGAAGUAAAGUCCACAGGCAGGAGCUGCUAAACCUCCGCCCUGGCCUGCUUGACUAAAGUGCCUGGUUGUUUCCACCAAGCAGUGGAAUGGGAACGAAUCGCCUUAGAAAAAGAGUAACGUUUUAGGGAAAAUAACUAAUUUUUCCUCUGAAAUUUUCUUGUCUCCAAAGGAUUCAUUUGCUUAAAGUGAUCUCUGUACGUAGCCUACAGGAAGCAUCAUGGUGAAGAGGGAAGGAAAGCCCUCCCCUUACACCAAACCCCUGGAUGGAGGAUGGGGAUGGAUGGUUGUGUUUCAUUUUUUCCUGGUAAACGUGUUUGUGAUGGGAAUGACCAAGACAUUUGCAAUUUUCUUUGUGGUCUUUCAAGAAGAGUUUGAAGGCACUUCAGAGCAAAUUGGUUGGAUUGGAUCCAUUAUGUCAUCACUCCGUUUCUCUGCAGGUCCCCUGGCUGCUAUUAUCUGUGACAUACUUGGAGAAAAAUCCACCUCCAUUCUUGGGACUUUCCUUGUUUCCGGUGGCUAUCUCAUCAGCAGCUGGGCCACAGGCAUUCCCUUUCUUUGUGUGACUAUGGGGCUGUUACCUGGUUUGGGGUCUGCUUUCUUGUACCAAGUAGCUGCUGUGGUAAUUACCAAAUAUUUCAAAAAACGAUUGGGCCUUUCUACAGCAAUUGCCCGUUCUGGAAUGGGGCUGACAUUUUUGUUGGCACCCUUCACAAAAUUCCUGAUAGAUCUUUAUGACUGGACAGGUGCUCUUAUUUUAUUUGGAGCUAUUACAUUGAAUUUGGUGCCUUCCAGCAUGCUCUUAAGACCCAUCCACAUCCAAUCAAACAAUUCUGAUAUUGAAAACAAAGGUAGCAUUUUGUCUGCAACUGAACCAGAGGCAUCAUACAAGACAGAAACAUCGAACUGCAACGAGACACGCAACGAGACACAGGACUCUUUCAUCAAAGACAGUACUAUGAAAAAAUCUGGACAACCUACCAAAACUUCCAGAAAAACUGUCUUAGAAAAUCAGAGUGAAGAGAUCAGCAAUAGGCCUCAUAGGCACAGGCUGUUACUAAUGAGCAAUGACAAAAGUUACAAGAAAAAGUUUGUUUCAUGGAACUGCAAACAAAAACUUUUAGAUAUUUCUCUCUUUAGAAAUCCUUUCUUCUACAUAUUUACUUGGUCUUUUCUCCUGAGCCAAUUGGCAUAUUUCAUUCCUACUUUCCACCUAGUAGCCAGAGCAAAAACACUUGGAAUUGACAUAAUGGAUGCCUCCUACCUUGUGUCUGUAGCUGGUAUCACCGAGACAGUCAGUCAGCUCAUUUCUGGAUGGAUUGCGGAUCAAAAUUGGAUCAAGAAGUAUCAAUACCACAAGUCUUACCUCAUUCUGUGUGGUGUAACUAACCUGCUUGCUCCUUUAGCCACCACAUUCCCACUCCUUAUGGCCUAUACCAUCCUUUUUGCCAUUUUUGCUGGUGGCUACCUGGCACUAAUACUGCCAGUAUUGGUUGACCUAUCUAAGAAUUCUAGAGUACACAAGUUUUUGGGAUAUGCCAGUUUCUUUGCUGGGAUAGCUGUCCUUUCUGGACCACCAAUAGCAGGCUGGAUAUAUGACUACACACAGACUUACACAGGCUCUUUCUAUUUUUCUGGCACCUGCUAUAUCCUCUCUUCAGUUUCCCUUUUUUUUGUACCACUGGCUGAAAGAUGGAAACGCAAACAGUCUGACCUUCUGAGGACUACAAUCAAGUAAGAGCCUAACAAACAAAAACCUAAACAAGCUACUGUAAGCAAAGGCUCAGAAGAAAAGUCUUUGUUAAGAUAAGAAAGCAAGCCAUAGAAUUUUUAAGAUUGCUUCCUACUUUAUUAGCACUGCCAGGAAUGUCCAAUAGGUGGAAGGAGUAAUAAAUGAGUAAUAAAGGAGUAACAACUUAAAUUGUUAGUAUUUAAUCAAAUAGGCUAAAAAUUGAAUCCAUUGAAGCAACUACUUUACUAUUAAAUGAAAAUCAGAAUGUACUAUAAUAAAUCAAUGCAAUUUUUCAUUUGUGCUAUGGCAAUUCUGUCAUCAAAGUAUGUGACAAUUAUAAAACUAUUAUUUUCUUUUAUUUAAAUAUAGUCAUUGGUUAACUAGAGCUCUGGAAUCUGAAUAAAGCCUUACUUAGUGACAAGAAUGAUAAUACCCCCUCCAAAAAAGUUUAUUGCUGUUUAUUCAUUAUAAGUAAUCUUUGUUUUCUUAUUACUUUGUCUUUUAGAAUUCUAUAGUGUACUGCUAUCUAAUAAAAAUAAAAUUUGCUAAAAUAA